UGCGCUUCGCUGGUUGAACUCGCUCGACGCUGGCGACGAACGGGGCCGGCGUGGACGGUGGAUCGAUUUCUUGCAGCAGUUUCAAAUCACCCCGGUUCACAAGGCUGGCAAGCACCCCGAUAUGACUAUCGCCGACUACCUAUCCAGAGUGGGCCCCAACGGUGACCUCGUGGCUUGUGUGACAGCAGGCACUCGACAGCUGGAGCCGGAUCUGUCGACCACCGUCUUCACCAUCGAGCAGCUCCGGGACGAGCAGCGGAUGGACCCGCAGAUCUCACCGGUACGCGCAGCCCUGCUCAGCGAACAAGACCUGUCAAGCUUCUCUCCGUUCGAGCUGCUCUUCGCACGGUCGGCGCGACGUCCCGAGACCUGCAUCAGCGACCCACCUGCCGCCUCCGAGACUGAGCCAGUCACGUCUGGCCACACUCCGGCGGAGGAGGUAACGCAGAGGCGACAGCUGCUCGACCAACUGCAGCGAGAUGCUCAACUGAACCUGAGGGAGCCGAGGCGUACCGACCGGUAGUCUACGUCGACGACGACGACGCGGAGUCGGACGACAGCGCGAGCCGCAGCUCCUCCAGUGACGGCGAGGCCGCUGGAGAACCAGACGGUCGUCCUCGCAGGCAUCGCGAGCCGCCGGAGCUGCUAGUCGUGGAACCCUGGCGAAAGACUUACCGUGUCGAGAAAAUAAGGAGGGGAGUGUGAUAGUAUUGUGUAACCAGGUGGGGCGCCACCUGGUGGGAUACAGUGCGCCAUCUGUACGUGACCGUGGCAACUACCCUGUGACCUGUUGGCGGCCAAUACAGUAUGAAUCGAGACGUCGUAC